GCCCCAACGACAACGUCCCCUAUCGGAAGUGCUCGGCUGCGCUCGGCUCGCCGCGGACUCGGCCGAACUGGAGCUCGCGGGCCGGCCCGGCCACACCGAAGCAACGCUCCCAGCCUCAAGGACGUGACAGCGCCAUGAGGUAGGCGCCACCGUGAUGGACUACUACGUGGACGCGUCCCCCACGUGGGGGCCCGAGGCGGCGGGGCUGGCGGGGCCCACCAACGCCAGCCUGCUGGGCGACUUCGGCAACUACUCGGACGCCCUGCUCGACAACAGCACGGCUGCCAACGCCACCGCCAACGACAUCAACUCGUUCUACUUCUUCCACACGGCGCAGUUCGCGGUCUUGUGGGUCCUGUUCGUGCUCAUCGUGCCGGGCAACUCGGCGGUGUUGCUGGCGCUCGCCUUCAACAAGCACCGCAAAUCCCGCAUGAACUUUUUCAUCAUGCAGCUCGCCAUCGCAGACCUGGCCGUGGGGCUCAUCAGCGUGCCCACCGACCUGGCGUGGCGCAUGACGGUGGCGUGGCACGCCGGCAACCUGGCCUGCAAGCUCAUCCGCUUCCUGCAGGUGAUGGUGACCUACUCGUCCACGUACGUGCUCGUCGCGCUCAGCAUAGACCGCUACGACGCCAUCACCCACCCCAUGAACUUCUCCACGAGCGGCCGGCGCUCAAGGAUCCUGGUGGCGGGCGCCUGGACGCUCAGCUUCCUCUUCGCCGUGCCCACCCUCCUGCUGUUCGAGGAACGCGAGGUGCAGGGCCAGCGGCAGUGCUGGAUCGAGCUGCCGCAGCCGUGGCACUGGCGCCUGUACGUGACGCUGGUGGCGCUGGUGGUGUUCGCGCUGCCGGCCAUCAUCAUCUCGGCCUGCUACACGGUCAUCGUGUGCACCAUCUGGAACAAGAGCCACGGCCUGACGGGCCCGUCGCGCCGGCCGCGCGCCACGCACCGCGCCCUCAUCCCCGGGCCGCUGUUGGAGCGCGUCAAGAGCGUGCCGACGCGCUGGCGGUGCUCCCAGGACGACGCCGGCCUCCCGGACGCCGCGGCCGGCUCGGCCCGGGGCGGCUCGUCGCGCUGCAAGGGCCGCGUCAGCUCCUUCAGGCCGAGGCCCUUCACGGCCACGCCGGCGGGGGGCAGCUUCGGCCCCCCCAAGGAGGAGCCCGACUGCAGGCGCGCCUCGUCUCGGGGCCUCAUCCCCCGCGCCAAGGUCAAGACCGUCAAGAUGACCCUCGUCAUAGUGUUCGUGUUCGUGCUGUGCUGGAGCCCGUACUUCGUGCUCAACCUCCUGCAGGUCUACGACCACAUCCCGCGCACGCAGUCCAACAUCGCGGUGGCGUCCUUCGUGCAAAGCCUGGCGCCGCUCAACUCGGCCGCCAACCCGCUCAUCUACUGCCUCUUCUCUACCCACAUCUGCCGCACCCUCAGGUGCCGCCCUUCACGUGGGCGCGGACGCUGCGCGACCAGCCGGCCGCCGUCCCGGACAACCCGUCGGCCGCCACGGAGACGGUGA